AUGUCGCAAGAUUCCAAAGAAUGGAUUAAGACACGGAUGGCGAUACUGCGAAAGCAGGCUAAUUUCUCGUUCAAUCAAGACUUGUUCAUAUCCAUAUUACUAUGUUUGAUAUCUGGAAAAGACAAACACUUGGUACUCACUGCUCCUCCCGAGAGAUUAGCAGAAGUGGCUCAAAUGGCUUCACAGAUUAGUCGCUGCUUAUUUGGGUUUACCACUGCUAAAAUGAUCUGCACCGAACAACAAUCAAGAACAGAUCUCGUCGAUACACUCUUCAAUACAAAGGAUGAUUCAGAUAUGUCUAUGGACAAGCUCAACCCCAAUUCGCAGCACAAAAGGCCUCAUGAGCUAUCACAUAAGCCAAGCCAAUCGAUACAAACAUUGGAUUCGAGGAAUUCCGAAAGAUCUCAAACGAGCCAACACACUGGCAGCAGAAAUACCAGUAUCAAGUUUUCGCUACUAGGAGACGACGACCUACGCGCUUCUACUCCAGUUAAUCCUGUUGAUUUCAACCUGACUAAAAAGAGGGUGCUGCGAGGAAACUCGGGAGCCUCGCCAUCAGCGUAUGCCAAUUCAAUAUCCACAAAGGAAAUGCACAACAGGAGAGACAGAUCUCGAUGGUCAGACCACGAGGACACAAAAAGAUCUUAUGCAGCCUCUACCUCUGCCAUGGGAUCCACGCGGCUUGCUCAAACAUUGAUUAUGCAAGGAAUGGACGCUUCAGAUGCCUCGAUCCAAGCGCUUUUAUUGGAAUUGAUCGUGACAAAAGAACUGAGGAUAUCCAAUGUCAAGUACAAUGUGCCGAAGCCCUUCUUUUUGGUCAUUGCUGUGCUACCUCAGGGCUAUGAUCGAUUAAGGAUAUCGUCCCAAUUGAUGGACCGAUUUUUUGUCAGUUACAAUUUUGAGCAAGACAUGUUUUCGCACUCGAGUAUGUCAAUCCCCAAUCCAUUGGUACGCCAAACAAGCUCUCGAAGAUUUGCCUUGAUGAAGCCUGACGAGAUCAAAGCUCUAGCGGAAAAGGCAAGCAGAGUCCAUGUGAACAUUGAUAUUACUCGGUAUGUGCGAGACAUUGUAGUGGGCAUCCGGACACAUCCUCGUGUGAAGGGUGGGCUGACAGCAAGGUGUAGUCAAGAUCUCGUUACCGUCACAAAAUCACUAGCAACCCUCUUUGAAAGAAACUUUUUGACACCGGAUUUGGUCACCAUUGCGGCCGAGAAGGUGUUUAGUCAUCGCCUGCAUGUCUUGACAGUGAAUGCAACGGAUGAUCAGAUGGAAAAGGAAGACAUGGGUGCAAAUAUACCCUCAGACAUUGUUGCUGAGAUUCUUCGUUUGAUUUACGUGCCUGUUUAA